GCAAUGCGCAUUUCUGUCCCUUCACAGGUAUCAGAUGUGACACGGUGUACGCAGGGCAUAGGCUACUAUCGUGGCUUCGGAACACUCACAGUCGGAAAAUGGCGUCGUCAAAAAGCCAGCGGUGGAUGGUAGACUCGGGCAUUCUGCGUAAAAAAAAUAGCGACGAGGAACCGCAGGAGCUGUUGGUGUUCGGAUAUAGCUGCAAAUUAUUUCGCGAUGAUGACAAGGCGAAAAUGAUUGAUCAGGGAAAGCAUUUGAUACCAUGGAUGGGCGAUAGCACGUUGAAGAUAGACAGAUACGAUGGACGAGGGGCGCUGGCUGACUUACGGAUUCAUGAACCACCACCAGGUGGUUUCGAUCAACGGACGAUACUGACCGAGGAAGAACUGAAAGUAGAGCAACUUUGUGACGAGGAGCGAUAUCGAUCCCUCUAUAACAAUGACGUGGAAGAAUCUAUGUAUCAUGAAGAGGAAAUAAAAAGAUUACACCAAGCAUUGGAUUCUGAACCUUCGUACAAUCAAGUAGGAUUUAAUUAUGAGGAUGAAAACGGCCAAAAGGCAUGCGGCGAGGAUUCGCAAAGCCCGAAACAAUCAGAGGACUCGCAAGAGGAAGAUCAGGCAUUUGUGCCGCCUCCUGAACUGGAAAUUCCCGAAGAAAUGGUUCUGCCGGAAACGCAAAAGUUGAAUGCCAUUAUAACGAAAACGGCGUUGUUUAUAAGUCAACAUGGAAGCCAAAUGGAAAUCCUAAUAAAGACGAAACAGGCAAACAAUCCGCAGUUUGCAUUCCUAUCGAUAGACGGACCGCUUCAUCAGUAUUACAAAUAUGUCCUCGAAGCUAUCAAGAGUGGAAAAUAUAAUCCCGAAAAGCAACCUGAAAAAGAAGAGACCGAACCCGAGGAAGAGUCAGACCAAGACGAUGAACCGUACCUACAUCCGAGUCUCGCAUCAUCAUUGACCAAAAUCGAAGCGGCACCUAGCAUACCGAGCAUACAAUACAAGCCGUCGGCGGAUUGCGCGUAUUCUAUGCUCGUCAACAAAAUUACUGGAAAGCCACCACCGUCCAAGGCACCGCAGGUGCUCGAUCCAGGAGUGCAGCCAAUACCAUCCGCUGGAUACUACCCUCCAAUGCCUCCGCAGAGUUUUCCUCCUUAUCCUACACCCAUGCAGUAUUCGCAUGGUCCAGUAAUAUACGGACCAAAUGGACAGAUGCAAUCGCCCUCGCAGCUCAACGCGCCAACGAUUGUGCCGAACGACGCGGUCGCAGUGCAAGCCGCGUUGCCUAAGGAAACACCUCCGCCAUUGGUACCUUAUGGGAUACCUGCGCAAAAACCACUCAGUAGGCCAUCCUUUAUUGUACCACCGGCGGACAUACAGAUCAUCAUUGACAAAAUGGCGAGUUACGUGGCGAAGAACGGUCGUGACUUCGAGACGAUUGUGAAAAACAAGGGGGAUCCCAGGUUCAAUUUCUUGGAGCUCUCGCAUCAAUACCACGGUUACUACGCGCACAAGCUGACGAUCUACGAGGGCGCGAUAAACCCGAAGGUAUUGACGGAGGAAGAGCUACUGCAGAAGCAGGAGCCGCAGGAGGAGAAGCAAAAGAAGUUAGAGGAACUGCAGAAGAAACAGCAACGAAUGGAGGAAGUUCAGAAGCGAGUGAAGAUGAUACAGGCGAAAAAGAAAAAUGGCGGAGACACGAAGACAAAACAGAGCACGGGAUCCGCGAAGCAGAUCACCACCGUAUCGUUCUCCAUUAAAAAGCCGAAAGACGGGGAUAACACGGUGAUAGAGAAAAGAAACGCGUUGCCAUUGGAGGAAAGUGACGAAGAGAUGGAGAAUGACAAAAAGGACGCGAAUUCCAAGCCAAGCUCACCUCAAGAUGGAGAUGCGAAUUCUUCGCUUGCCAUCGACAGAGAUUCUUCGAAAUCGGAGAAGAAAUCGAAGAGCGACGAAAAGGAGUUGGUCGAUCUGACGGACGACAUCCUCGAGGAUUGUCAGAAGGAGAUCAGGCACAAACAGGCGCAAGAGGACAGGAUCAAGGACAAAUUAAUAGCUGCAGCGCGAGACAAGAUGCUCUCCCGCGAACGACAGUUGCAACUCGAGAGGAAGAAGAAGGCCGCCAUCUUUCUCAGUAACAUUCAAGGACCGAUGCUCAAGACUGGUUCCACCACCACAGCGCAUCAGAAUUCCCGAAAGGACGAUUCGGACGAUGUGCACUCCGUACCGUCGCCGUCUCUCGACGACAACAGGGACAGGUCGACGCAGGAUACGAAGACGUGCGGCAAUUCUCUGAUGGACCGGCUGAAGAGCGCAGAUCUGAGCGGCAAAAGAUCACGGCAGCGCUCCAGAAGUCGAAGCGGAAGCCGCACGGACAGACAAAAAUUGCACAAGAAGCACAAGAAAAAGAAAAGUUCUCAUCGAAGUUACGACAGCUCGAGUUCCUCCCGCUCGCAUCGAUCCAAGAAGAGCAAAAAGUCGGCCUCGCGGCACAAAUCUCGCUCGCGCAGUCCGUCGCACAGACACCGGCACAAUUCUCGACGGCGGGGCAGCAACACCAGUUACUCGGACUCGAGCUCGCCCUGAUGACGUCUCCCUGCUUGAUUUGAAUAAGUUUACAUCAAGCAUUGUAUAUACAUAUACAUAUAUUAUAUAUAAUAAUAUGCAUGAUUUGCAUAUUAGUCGUAUGUAUAUUGUAACGACAUCGAUAAAUUUAAUACAAAUUUUCUCACAAAGUAAAA